AUGUCUACGAAAAAAACGGCAGAUCCUCUGUCUAUGGAAGAGGCUGCAGCCCCUCAGUCUACGGAACAAACUGCAGAUCCUCUGUCUUUGACUUCAAUUCUUUUGCCUACGGAAGAUACUGUAGCCCCUCAGUCUACGGCACGAACUGCAGAUCCUCUGUCUUUGGCUGCAAUUCUUUCGCCUACGGAACAAACUGCAGAUCCUCUGUCUUUGACUGGAAUUCUUUUGUCUACGGAAGAUACUGUAGCCCCUCAGUCUACGGCACGAACUGCAAAUCCUCUCUUUUGGCUGCUCCAGCUGGAAGCUCUACUCUGUGAGCGCUUCAGAGAGCUCGGGCAUCAAUUCGCACAGGUCCGGGAGGAGAUUGUCACCCAUGUGGCAAACGUGAUUGCGGAUUCGGCCGAGCAGGACGCAUGGGACGCCCGCAAGUUCACUUGGCUGAUGCUCCGGGAAUGGCAGGACAACGCCCUCACCGACAAGGUAUUCCCCGAAGAGCCGCCACCGCAGGACCUCUACCGUAUAGACGUGUCCAGGAUCGAGUCCCUCCGCUACCUGCCCAGAGAUAGCUGCCUCCGCCCGUGGGACCACGCCUGCCUGUGCGCCGCGGAGCUCUGCAACACCAUCCGCCUGGCCGUCGACACGAACGUCGUCCUGUUCCAAGACGUCCUCGAGGCGAAGCGGAUAAGGCGUCCCGUCGGAGCUCCGCCCCGGGACGCCGCCGCCGUGGGCCAGUCGAGGGCCGAGGAGCCCCUGGUAGAGGGCGACUUUCUCUGCUGGUCCGACUAUCUGGAUCGGCUGGAGAGCGAGCUUCUCAGGGCGCGACAGGCGAUUACGGCAGUCAAAAGGCAGAAUCUCGAAAUGGCUAGUAGAUUGUCCGAGACGCAGGCUGAACUCAGCCAGGCCCGAAGAUCCUUGGGUUUAUGA